GCGGCGCGUCGGGGCGCGUGACGCGCGGCGGAGGCAAGAUGGCGGCGGCGGCGGCUGGCGGCGGGUGGGCCGCGGUGCGGGAGAAGUUCCGCGCCGCCCGCACGCUCUCGGCCGUGGAGUCGCGCAAGGACCCGGAGACCGAGCCCUACCGCUCCAAGUACAGCGCCCGGGCGCUGCUGCAGGAGGUGAAGCAGCUGCUGAGCGCCGCCGAGGAGGGCGGCGAGGCGCGGCUGCUGGCCGUGCGGCGGGCCGUGCUGGAGUACGAGCUGGGCGUCAACCACACCGACACGGAGGAGCUGUCGGCCGGCGAGGAACACCUGCAGCGCUGCACGCAGCUCCUGGAGCCGCACCGCCUCUCCCCGGACUGCGUCUCCCUCUACAUACAGGCCCAGAACAACCUCGGUUUCCUGUGGUCUGAAAGGGAUGAGAUUAAAACUGCGCAGACUUACUUGGAAUCCGCAGAAGCCUUGUAUAACCAGUACAUGAAAGAGGAUGGAAAUCCGCCCCUGGAUCCCAGUGAACAUUUCAUGGCAGAAGAAGAAAAACUCACAGACCAAGAAAGAUCCAAAAGAUUUGAAAAAGCCUAUACACAUACUCUGUAUUAUCUGGCACAAGUCUACCAACACCUGGAGAUGAUUGAGAAGGCUGCUCAGUAUUGCCAUACUACUCUUAAAAGACAACUUGAGUAUUGUGGCUACUACCCAGUGGAGUGGGCACUCAACGCUGCUACUCUGUCCCAGUACUAUCUCUCUAAGCAAUGCUUUAUGGAGUCCCGCCACUGUUUGGCAGCGGCCAGCGUCAUCUUUAGCCAAGCUGAACAGGCGCCAUCUGCUGAAGACAAUGAAACAGAACAAGACCAACAGGACCUUCGACAGAGGAGAGCUGAAAUUGCAAGGUGCUGGAUUAAGUAUUGCCUGAAUCUCCUGCAAAGCGCUCGCAAAUUACUUGAGGAUAACAUAGGAGAGCUGGAUCCAGACAGGCAAUCGGAGCUUAAAGCCCAAAGGAAGAAAGAAGAGGAUGAGAAAGAGAAGGGCAGGAAGAAAGCUGUUCUUUUCGGGACGAGUGAUAUAUGUGACUCUGUCCUAGCCAUGGAAGAGAAAGUGAGCAGUGUAUAUCCUCUAGAUUUCCAAGAAGCCAGAGAAAUCUUCCUAGUUGGCCAGAACUAUGUUCAGGAAGCAAAAGAGUUCUUUCAGGUUGAUGGUUACGUUACUGACCACAUUGAAAUUGUUCAGGAUCAUAGUGCUUUGUUUAAAGUGCUUGCUUUCUUUGAAGAAGACUAUGAGAGACGUUGCAAAAUGCACAAGCGUAGAAUAGACAUGCUGGAGCCUAUCUAUGCAGACUUGAAUCCGCAGUACUAUCUGUUGAUCAGUCGGCAGCUCCAGUUUGAGCUAGCUGACACCUAUUAUGAGAUGAUGGAUUUAAAGGUGGCUAUUGGUAACAGGCUAGAGGAGCUAGACUCCCACACAAUCAAAAAAAUCAAUUCUCUGGCUCAGUUAGCCAUCAAAUAUUAUGAACUCUUCUUGGAUUCCUUGAGGAACCCAGAUAAGGUGUUUCCUGAAGUGCUCGAGGAAGAUGUUCUUCGCCCUGCAAUGGUGGCUAAAUUUCAUAUUGCACGGCUAUAUGGUAAGCUUAUUACCUCAGAUAGUAAAAAGCAACUGGAAAACAUGCAGACAUCAUUGGAAUAUUACACAUUUCUGGUAGACUAUUGUGAGAAGUACCCAGAUGCUGUCCGUGCCGUUGAAACGGAACUAGAACUCAGUAAGGAGAUGGUGGGCCUUCUUCCAACACGAAUGGAGAGGCUAAGAGCAAAGCUGUGUCCGUUCAUCUGAAACGCUCCCCUCGGAGGAGCGUGCGCGGUUACGAUGGUACCUGUCAAACCGGUGCUGUGGGACGGCUCCCGUAGCGACGGGCGGCACGAGGAGCCCGCAGCCCGGCGGUGCGGCCCAGGGCCCGCACUAGCGUAACUUGUGAAAACCUCAGAGCCCUCCAGUUCGGUAUCUCACCCACACUAAUGGUAUAAAGUUUAAAUGUAAAGUGAAGUGAAUGUCCAGCUAACGCUCAUUAGCAUUUGCCCUGUAUGUAAAUAUAAACCUCCCUUAUAUUCUUUUCCUUUGGCACAUGGUUCAGUUUCUAAAUGUAGUGCUGUAUGAAAAUUGUUUCAAGAGAAUCUGUUUCUCUAGGAAGAUUUUUCUAAGAAACCUGAGGCACGUUCUCCCAGCUAUAAAAUAUUUUACCUCUUCUGACCUUUGUCCCCAGAAGAUGUUAUCCGUAUGAAGGAAACUUUGUUAUUUUCCGUAUUUAUUUUGUAUGUUUCUCAGUGUUUUCUUUUUUCCUGUUAAUCAGAACCUAGUUGAUAGAGGCUCAAUAAAUGGACUAGCUUGGCUACGUGCUUUUUCAGAGUCCUUAGAA